AUGGCUAAGAGUUUAACAUUUUUAAUUCCUUGCUGUCGAAAUAUCCGUUUGGGAGCUCAGUUUUCUCAAAUAAGUCGUUCAGUGAGUGGAGCAGCAACUCCUUUGAAAGACGAAGAUCGUAUUUUCAAUAACCUUUACGGUAGACACGAUUGGCAUCUCAAAGGAGCUCUUCAAAGGGGUCGUUGGUAUAAAACAAAAGAGAUAAUCCUCAAGGGUCAAGAUUGGAUUAUUGAGGAGAUUAAAAAAUCUGGUUUGCGGGGUCGUGGUGGUGCAGGCUUUCCUACCGGUGUGAAAUGGAGUUUUAUGAGAAAGCCUAAUGACGGCCGUCCGCGAUAUCUUGUCGUCAAUGGUGACGAAGGUGAACCUGGAACCUGUAAAGAUCGUGAGAUUAUCCGACAUGACCCUCACUCCCUAAUUGAGGGUUGCUUGAUUGCUGGUGUUGGAAAUGGAGCACAGGCUGCUUAUAUUUAUAUUCGUGGUGAAUUUUACAACGAAGCUUGUAUCUUACAAGAGGCUAUAAAUGAAGCGUAUGAUGCUGGUUUAAUAGGAAAGAAUGCUUGUGGUUCCGGCUAUGAUUUCGAUGUCUAUAUUCAUCGUGGCGGUGGUGCCUAUAUUUGUGGUGAAGAAACAGCCCUUAUUGAGUCAAUUGAGGGUAAACAAGGCAAACCACGUUUGAAGCCCCCCUUCCCAGCUGAUGUUGGCCUUUUCGGUUGCCCCACGACAGUCAACAAUAUCGAAACAGUCGCUUCUUCGCCAACCAUCUGUCGUCGGGGUGGUGAAUGGUUUGCUUCUUUCGGUCGUAAAAAUAAUCACGGAACGAAACUCUUUAACAUCUCCGGUCAUGUAAACAACCCAUGUACUGUGGAGGAAAGCAUGUCAAUCCCACUGAGAGACUUAAUUGAAAGGCAUUGUGGCGGUGUACGGGGUGGAUGGGACAAUCUUCUUGCCGUUAUCCCUGGUGGUAGUUCCACCCCUGUAAUUCCCAAAAGUAUUUGUGAUACUGUGCUAAUGGAUUAUGAUGCUUUAAUGGAAGUGCAGUCUGGUUUGGGUACAGCAGCCAUCGUUGUGAUUGAUAAAUCGGCUGAUAUUAUUCGAUGCAUCGCCCGUUUGAGUGAAUUCUACAAGCAUGAAUCUUGUGGUCAAUGCACACCAUGUCGUGAAGGCUGCACUUGGAUGUGGAAGCUUAUGACCCGAUUUCAGGUGGGUAAUGCCAAAGAAGAGGAAAUUCAAUUCCUUAAUGAAAUUGCCAAACAAAUUGAGGGACAUACAAUCUGUGCUUUUGGCGAAGGUGCUUCGUGGCCUGUUCAAGGUCUCAUUCGUCACUUUACUCCUGAGAUAAAGCGUCGUAUUGCGAAGUAUCAGGAAGAGAGAGAAAAGGCCGCUAUUAAGGUUACAGCUUAA